AUGCGGGGAAGUGACAGCUGGAACGAAGGUUCAGCUGUAGCGGGAACUUCUUUGCGACUGGAGCCGAGGCUCAUCAGCGAAGCUCGCAACGAGCACGGUAUGCGACAGCAGGACUUCGCCCGCUACCGACGAUAUUGCGCCUCCAAGUCCCACCGCUUGCGAGAACUUCUUUCCAUCACUCAUGCCGAUGCCUCUCACAAGGUCGACGCUAAGAAAACCAAGGGCGCAAAAGCUGCCAGGGGCAAGAAGCCUAAGAAGGCUCAGCAGGCUGCUGCUCAGAGUGCAGACGCCAAAGGCCACGGAAACGUCUUCACCGCCAAAAAACUCGACAUUGCUCAGGUUGCCGAUGCUCGUCCCGCUCAUCUUCUUCUCUUCGAGGCCGAACGAGCAUGGGCGUAUUCACAGGAGCUCCGAGCCGAAGCCUUUGACGACGAGGCCAACCCCCAGUUGCGCAAACGCGGCAUCUCCAGGCUUCGACGUGCCGAGCAGUGGUCCGACUCCCUUUACAAGCUUGUGCAGGCGCUCUCGGCUCGAUUCGACGUCUACGCUCGCGCCGAGACGGCUGCCUAUCUGCUCAUCGUCAAGGCCACCACCGCUUUCGACCGCUCCCAGUCCGAAAAGGCUCUCCAGACGCUCUCCGUCGCCCGCAAGCUGCUGAAUGCCAUCGCAUCCAACAGUGCUACCAGCCGCGCAGAGGCGCUCGCCAACAGCUUCGUCGAUGCUGGCGAAGCUCAGAUGCGCUACUCAGCCUACCAGCUUGGCAACUCGGAGCAGGACAUGGACAAGAUCGCUGCCUCCACAGCCACAACCGAAAUCUGCGAACAGAUCCUGCCCGGGCACGCCCAGCUCGUGCAGGAGCUGGCUUCCGCCAAGGAAAAGGCUGGAAGCACCAAGAAGCAGGCGCUUUCGCUCAACUGGCAUGGACGUGACAUUCCAGUGCGAAACCCUGAGUUGCUGGACACCAUCGUUGCCGCUCAAUCUGAGGAGGCUUCCCUGCGUGAGUCGGUCAAAGUCGAGGCUAUCAGCGACAAGGCCGCUGAAGCUGCUUUCGCCGCUGAUCGCAAGUCCAAGUCUGCUCUCCCUGAAAGCAAAGAUGGCAAGCGUGUUCGUCUCUCGCAUGCCCAGCGAAAGGCCAAGAAGCGCGAAAUCGCCCAGGGAGAAUCUUCGGCCGAUGGUGCCCGCAGCGCUGCCAACACCGCUACAGCACGACUCGGCAAAGGUGGUCGCACCGAGCUCGAUCCCUUCGAUCGCGCCCUCAGUGCCUUCACGGAUGCCGAGGACGUCGCACGCAAACUUGUCGAGGACAAUGCCGAGGCGCUCUCCAAGAGCCACUCGGCCAGGUACGAGACUGCUAGUAAGGAUCUGCAAACCGCCCACGAUCUCAUCUUUUACCGUCUGCUCGCCCUUCGUGUCUGGCGCAACUUGCGCCUCGUUGCUGAAGUCGAGCGACGUGCCGAGAAGCGUGAAAAGCGCGCCAUGUCUGGCGUCGAAGCGCGACUCAAGGGCAAAGCCAAUCUUUCCUCCGCCUCGGCGGCUCAGAAGCGCAGUCACAAGAGCAAAGGCAAGCAGCAGAAGCUCCAAGAAGCUAUUGCAGCCAAGAAGGCGCGAGGUCCUCGCAAGAAUCCCCCUGGAUCGCGUGCCAAGAUGCCCCGCACCACCCCUCGCUCUCACGCACGCAAGCCGGCCAGGAGCGGCACCAGGAAGCUACGAACCCGUCAGGCUCUUGCUCGCGAGAACCGUGCUCGUGCCAUCGCUGCGCAAAAGUCCAAGCGUCGCGGUGCGCGAGCCGUGCCAUCGCUCGCCAAGCUUCUCGAUGCUGCCGAGACGAGUCUCGUCGCAAUGGGCUCGAUCGGUCUCAUCGAAUCCGAGCCGGACGUCUCGAGUCUGGUCGAAGCCAAGGCGGCCUGGUUCCGAAGCGAGAUCCUCCGUCACCUCGCCCGCGCCUUUUCGCUGUCGGGCGCUCACGCCGAAGCUGUGCUGCUGCUGACCCGCGCUCAGCUGUACAUUCGACAGGCACGCCAAGCCGCCGAUCUGGCUGAAGACGUCGACGAAGAGGAUGCCGACUUCCCACCUCGUCUCAAGUCGAGCGAUGGUCCCGAUGCCGUCUUUGACCACUCGGAUCAGGCGCUCGAGAGCCUCAAAUGCGGAGUGCAGAAGUCGCUCCUCAAGGCUCAGCAAAGCAAACGCAAGUCGCGCGUCGGCAAAGGCAAGGCCAGCUCGUCCAUGUCCGACUCGCGUGCUGGUCAAGCACUCCAAGAAUUGGCACGAAAGUACAUUGACUUCGACCCCGUUUCGCUGCAAGAAGCUCAAAAGGUGCCGGAAGAUGUCAAGGUAGAGUACGAGAGGGAGCAGCAAGCCGCUUUGAACCCCACCGCUGCCCAAACGCAAGCCAAGGCGUCCAAAGCACCUAGCAAGUCCAAGCCGGCUGCCACUUCCGUGGCUAAAGCCGUCAAGGCAGAACCAGUGCAGCCGGUCGCCGACGAGGAGGCCGGCGAAGCGGAGCACUUUGAGGAUCACGACGACGAUGAGGACGAUUCCGAUGAUGAGGGUGACUACUCGUUGGCCUACGACCCAGCAAAUGCACUCGCCGAGGAGGAGGAAGCCAGGUUGGAAGCCGAAGCCGCCGCUAAGAAGAAAGCCUUCGCUGUCCAGGAUCCUAGCAGCCCCACCGACGUUGAAGCACAUCUUGCUUCCAAUGCUCGACUCUUUCAGAAUAUGUCAUCCCUACUUGCAGAUGCAUGUUGUUGUCCAAGAUCUUGUGUUCUCAAUUUGGCAGCUCUUCGUCCAUCAGCUGCAUUCACCUUCAAGAACGCUCGUGAAAGGCUGCAGAUUCUUGCCAUUACGUCUUUGGUGCUCUUUGGUGCCAUGCGUGCUGGUGACAUCUGCCCAGAUGCAGGAUACCCGAAUCACUUCACCGUGCAAUGGAAGCGCAUCCUCUUCUUUGUCCAUCAGGUCAAUGGCCAAAUGACUUUGGCAGUCAUCAUUACCCUCCGAUACCUGAAAGGUGAGAAGUUUGACCACAACAAGCUUCGUCAGGUUCUCCUCAACUCAAGGCCUGAUAUCCCCACUCGCGUUGAUCCUGUUCGACUCCUUGCAAUUCUUGCUUGCUGCGAUGCUGCAAUGUUGGAUGUGACCCAUCCUGCACACUUGGAGGUCUCGGGCAUGGCACCCUCCAACCUCGACCCUUCCACCAAGCGCUUUGAAUUUGAGAUCAGUCCCAACCUCAAGGAGACUACUGUCUUCCGCACAGUCAAUCGGACUGACUCGAAGCGCUCUGUCUCACUGCGGCUGAAGAGGCUGCCAUCCAGCAAGACGAAAGGAUUAAGGAAGCUAGGGACGAGAGACAAGCGACGGGCAGCCGCGUCGUCGCUGCCAUCCUUUCGCAUCUCCUCGCCGACCUCUUCGGACUCCGACUUUGAGCUGGACACAUUCUCGACGCCUGCGGACGAAGUGGACGGAUCAACAAUUGGCGGACGGGGAGCGAAAGGGAUAGGGGGGACAAAGAUGGCCGAUCCAGCUAGCGCUGCUACCGACGCCGUUUCUGCAACGGUCGGACGCACGAGAAGAGGAAAGGCGGACCAGCUUGCUGACUUGGAUCGGUUCAACCCGCUACGGUCGACACAAGUCGAUGGAGAUGAUGAAGACGAGGGAGAGGACGAAAGCGAUCUCAGCCCGUUGGACGAUUCGGGGCUAAGUUCGGCCAGCUACCUCGCAAGGCUCACUGGUGUAGCCUGCCUCGGCGGCUUGCAGUUCGGCUGGGACACGGGAAUUGCGAGCGGUAUGCUCGUUGCUAUUCAUGCCGACCUGGGUCAUGAACUCAGCGAGGGAGAGCAGGAGCUCAUUGUAAGCGCUACAACGGUCGGAGCGAUCCUCGGCUCGAUCGUUGCGGGAAGGAUGGCGGACUGGCUGGGUCGCAAAAAAGUCAUGAUCGGUAGUGGCAUCCUCUUCCUGCUUGGUGCACUCGAACAAGCCGCGUCGCAGGUGGUCAGAGAGCUCGUGCUCGGUCGAGUGCUGGUCGGACUCGGCGUGGGUAUGGCCAGCAUGGUGGUGCCGACGUACCUGGCAGAGGUGGCGCCUACCAAAGUACGCGGAAGGGUCGUCGGCAUCAACAGCUUGCUCGUAACAGGUGGGCAGGUCAUCGCGUACUUGAUCGAUGCGGCUUUCUACCACUUGCCGCACGGGUGGAGAUGGAUGGUGCUGGCUGGUGGUAUACCUGCGGUUUUCCAGCUGGUGGGAAUGAUCUACUUGGAUGAGUCUCCGAGGUGGCUCGUCGCACGCGGUCGGAUCAUUCGGGCUCGAAGGGUGCUUCAGCGCAUCUAUCCGCACGCCAGUGUCCGCAUGAUCGACAAUGAGAUCGAUCGCAUCGCACGUAGCAUGCAAGGUGCCACGCGACAUUCGGUCGACCCAGAUGCUUCUCACGCCGCGGAUCGUCGGGCAGAAGAGGACAAUCAAGGAACGCACAACGAUCUCCAAUCGACCCUGGGCAGGAUCAGCGCGGCACCCGCACAAAUCACCUCUUCAGCACGCGAAACGACCACGCAUGUGAAGAGCAAGCUCAACAUGCUCGUGCACGAUCCCACGCAUCGGCGUGCGCUCAUGAUCGCUUGCGCUUUGCAAUUCUUCCAACAAGCCACUGGAGCCAACAGCCUGCUCUACUACUCGUCACGGCUGCUGAUGAUGGCAGGCUUUGUCGUCAACCCGAACGCAGCAGCGAUCGGGAUCGCCAUCGCCAAUUUUGGUGGCACGGUGAUUGCGGUCCGUUACAUCGACUCUUGGGGACGUAGAAGGUUGCUGCUCUACACUACUGCAGCCAUGUCGUUCUUUCUCGCACUCGUCGCCACUGGGUUCAGCCAGAUCGAUCUUGGUCCUGUGAUCGGCAGCCCCGAACAAACCGAGCAUGCGUCUACAUCUGCAUGGCCCUACUUGACGUUGCUGUUUAUGAUCUUCUUCACCCUCAGCUAUGCGCUGGGGCUCGGAAUUGUACCAUGGCUUGUUCAGUCCGAGAUCUUUUCCGGACAGUCUCACGCAGUGCAUCACAAUCAGUACCGAGCGAUGUUCUACGAGAUCGGACGUGCCGAAAGCCGUGUGUGA